CACACACACACGUCAGCUGGCAUUAGAACAAUAAACAUUGAACGGAAGGUCUUCCCUUUCAAUUGAGAGCAGCGGACAGCCAGAGUCCCAGACGCAUUGACGGCGGUUCUGACGUGACGGUUCGAACCCUCAUUCGUCUCCCUUAUGGGCACAACACUGACCCAGUUGACCCAGCUGAAGUUGGGAAAGCUAAAGGUGGUACGCCAACAAUUACUGCAGCGAAAUGAGCAUCAGCCCUUUGUCUCCUGUCUGGCUGGACUUUAUAGUUGCCAGUGGAGAUGCGACCAGCGCACCCAUGCCCAGCCGGGACACUGCUGCUGCUCUAAGCUGGAGUGUGGCAGUUUCGCCCUGAUCGUUCUGACCUUUUGUCUCAGUCUGGUGUUCCUGUUCUUCUGGGGUGAAGCACAAAAUGACUACAAUGACUUUGACUGGUUUAAUUUUGGAAAUCUUGGCUUCUGGUUUCCGUGGUCCAUAGUUUUGUUGAUUCUUGCUGUUUUUCUGUUCACUUAUGUUGCAUUUCUGCUGCUGCUUGCAGUUUGUCUUCUCUCAGAAGGCCAGAGAUUAUAUUUACAUUGGUGUCACAAGAUCGGCAUCUUGUUAACUUUGAUUCUCUCCGUCGUGGCCACAUUGGUUCUCACAGAUUUAUGGAGCAAGGAGUGGAUAACUGUACUAUUAUCUUUUCAGGUAACUGCUCCAUAUCUACACAUAGGUGGUGUGCUUUUAAUGACCUUAUUAUCAUGGCCAAUAGCCUUGCAUGUCUUCCGGCCUAAAAUGAGAGUGAGACGGAUGGUUAUUCUGGGGCUGUAUGUUGCUGUUCUAGUCACUCUGUACCUGAUACCUCUGGGUAUGCAUUCCCCCUGCAUUAAAGAUAGGAACAGCUUGGGGCCAGCUCCUGCUUUAAUUGGACACAGGGGAGCACCAAUGCUUGCACCUGAAAAUACCUUCAUGUCUUUUGAGAAGGCAGUGGAAGCUGGAGCUGAUGGUCUGGAGACUGAUGUCACUAUCAGCUAUGAUGGAGUACCUUUCCUCAUGCAUGAUAAGAACUUGCGCAGGACAACUAAUGUGGAAGAUGUGUUCCCUAACUGGACAGAAACCUCACCUGCCAUGUUUACAUGGAGAGAGUUGGAGAGGCUCAAUGCUGGAUCCUGGAUCUUCUCUCAAGACCCUUUUAGAACAGCUUCCUCUCUGAGCCCAGAGGAGCGGAUGCAAGCUCAUAAUCAGUCUGUGUGCACACUGAGGGCCUUCCUGGAUCUGGCUGCUCAGUAUGGGAAACUAGUGAUCUUUGAUCUGUACCGGCCACCCAGGGGUCACCCUUAUAGGGACACUUGGAUAUCCCGCACCCUGGAAGUCCUCAAGAAUGAGUCAUCUAUUCACUCAAGUCAGGUGUUGUGGCUGCCUCCAGAGUUCAGAGAGUUUGUACAAGAAACAGAUCCUGAGUUACAGCAGACCACAAGCGAGCAAGCACCAGUGGAGGACCUUCAGCUCAGAAACAUAGUUAAACUCAACAUCCACUACAGCUCCAUGUCAGAGAAAGUUAUCAGAAAAUAUGCUGCUGCUAACAUCAGCACUAACCUGUACGUGAUCAGCGAGCCGUGGCUGUAUUCUCUUGCCUGGUGUGCAGGGGCUCACUCUGUCACCACAAAUGCUGUUCACAUCCUCAAGAACCUGCAAAGACCACUCUUUCUGAUGACAUCAGAUGAGUACAAGCUUAUGUGGACUCUGACUGAUAUGGCUUCCUUUGUUCUUGUCCUGAUAAUCUUUUUGUUUCACUGGUGGAGGGAGCGUGGAUUGGCUCUAUGUGUGGGAAGCAGUUAAAUUCUUGAAAAAUGGAUUAUACAUACAGUUCAGGACAGAGAUGAAUGAUGUGUGGUCUUUAACCAGCAUGAGUGGCUCUGACAAGCCGGGACUAUCUCUCUGAAGCACCCAGUGAUGCCUAAUCUUCAAAAAUCAUCUAAUGAUGCUCAGUUAUUCAAGCCUAUAUGGACCACUUUUUAUCAAAAAGAAAAGAAAGAAGAACUAUAUCACUGUUAAUAUUGCUCAGAUGUCUAUAGUCAAAAGCCACAAGUGACAGACCAGACAAUUUAGAAAUCAUAAAUAUUUGGUCACACCUGACAGAACUCCUACUCUGAAAAAUGACAGACAGGUGAGCUGUCUGCACAUGAUAUGAUGUUUUAUAAAAACAACCAUACAGUUAUCAAAUGCCAAAUUCUGGCUACCUCACACACAGACUUUAUAUUUUACAAGUCCAAGUAUUAUCAGUGCUUCUGUAAAGGUUUCCAUUUCAUGCAUGAACAGAAAUAUGAUAAAAUGUUUCCUUUACUAAAAUAUUAGUGGAUUUUGAGGGGUUUUGUUUCAUCUUAAGUAGUAUUAAACCCCAUUUUCUGAUUUCAGCUGAAUCAUUACUCCUUGACUGGACCUAACUGUGUAAGAAAUAAAUGGUCAUAAAUAAUUUCUUUGCUAAUGUUCCUUUUUGUCUUGUUCUAAAUUAAUGUAGAACUGAUGCAAGUAAUAUUUAAAAUAAGCCACAAAGCGAACCCUUGUUUGUCUGGUUUGCUCAAAGGUUCUGACACUGCAACAUCUUUAAAAAAGAAAGUUGAUUGAUCUGACUGGUGGGUGCCAUGUUUUGUUCAAAUCACCAAAUGUAAUCAUUGUUUGGUUAGUCUCCUCUUUGCCUGCAGAGUGCAAUAUGAUCUGUACGUGUUUGAUGAUCUCAAUCUAGUUUGAGUACAUUUCAAUCUCUGAUAUUUGCUCAUAGAUUUCUAAUUGUUUGGAUAAUUACCUUGUUUAUUUACCUUAACUAUGUUUGUGAAGACUUACAAUCUUACCCUUGUUGCUUGAACAAAUUCUGGCAAGAGCAUGUUGUUUUCCAUUUACUUUUUAAAGAAAACUAGUUUUGCACUCACAAGAUUUGCAUAAAAUGUUACAUCACGAUUAGGCAAUAUAAUUAUUUUUUUUGUGUGUGUGAGAACAGAUCUAAUUUAUAACUAAAUAUUUUUCACAUGUUGCACACAAAAGGAUAAGUUACUGUAAUAUUAACUAUUUUAGGCUUAUUUUCAGCACCCAUCACCUUUGUUGAAUUGUCAAUUUAUUUCAGCAUUUUUUUAUAACAAUAAAUGUUCACUUAUUGUUCAUUAUGAAUUCAUCAACUAAGUUAAUCUCUACUUGUUCUUGAAAUUACAAUAUGUAGGGUUUUUCUCAUUUCAUUUUAGCUGAUUUACAUAAUCAGAACAUAGCAAAGUAAAGGAUAAGAAUAUUAUAUUUUUUCUUGUGCGAUGAAGCUGAAGUAGAUGCAAGCCAAGGCUGAAGCAAUUCAACAGUUAUGCAGAACCAAAUUCAAUACAGAGUACAGUGUAAAUAUAUGUUUUUUUUUUUUUUUCAGGUUUUGAUCGCAAUUUGCUUGAUAUAAAAUAAAGAUAAAAAAUUAUUUUGGAGUACUUACUUUCGUACAGUCUUCCCUGUGUUUAUGAUGUCUUGAAUGUCUUGAAUGUCAUUAAUCUCAAUUAAACAACCAU